AUGGUCCUCCACAACCCGAACAACUGGCACUGGGUGAACAAGGAUGUGUCGGGAUGGGCAAAGGAAUAUCUCGACAAGGAGCUGCCCCAGAUCUCAGCUGAGGAAGAUGGAGUCACCGCCAAGGUGGACAGCGUCAUGAGCAUGGACGGAGACGUGGAUGUGAGCCAGCGCAAAGGCAAGGUCAUCACCUUGUUCGACGUGAAGCUGAAGCUGGAAUACUCUGGUAAGAACCAGGAGGGUGAGGAGGCCAGCGGCACCAUCACCGUUCCCGAGGUCGCGCACGAUACGGAGGAAGACGAGUAUGUCUUUGAGAUAGACAUCUACUCCGAGGACAAGAGCAAGCAGCCCGUCAAGGAUCUUGUCCGAUCGAAAAUAGUACCACAACUGCGGAAGAGCCUCGCGCAACUGGGCCCGGCUCUCAUCGCAGAGCACGGAAAGGACAUUCAGCACGCGCCUGGCUCCAAUCCCUCGAGCGGCUUCUCAACGCCGAAAUACUACUCGAGCUCGAGCAUAAACAAGUCCGAGACGACAUCCGCCCCGACCGCCUCAAAGACGAGCACCGGCUCUCUGGUCAACACCACGACGAUCAACGACUCGGCCGAGUUCCGCACCACCGCAGCCGAGCUCUUCCAGACCUUUACUGACCCUCAGCGCCUCGCCGCUUUCACACGGUCACCACCCAGGAACUUCACCGGCGCUAAGCCGGGAGGCACAUUCGAGCUGUUUGGUGGAAACGUAUCCGGAGAGUUUACGGAGCUGGAGAAGCCCACACACAUUGUGCAGAAGUGGCGUCUUGCGCAGUGGCCGGCAGGGCACUACUCUACGCUCUCGAUUUGGUUCGACCAGAAUGAUGUGGACGCCGUUACCGUCAUGAGGGUCGAGUGGAAGGGUGUCCCCGUCGGACAGGAGGAGCCGACGAAGGGUAACUGGGGAGAAUACUAUGUGAGGAGCAUCAAGACUACCUUUGGUUUUGGUACCGUCCUGUAG